UACAAACCAAAAACGGAAGUGAAGUAAUGGAAAGGUCGCAGAUCAUUGACGUCAUCACAUGUGCGUCCUCCAUAGUAGCCAUGCGUUUUGAGCGAGAACACUUUUAAUUUGAGCACUUUGAGGCUGUUUUUUUUAACGUAAAUAUGCCGAGAGACGUUUCGUCUUCAUCAAGCGAAGAUGAAGCAGACGCUCCUACACAGAAAUCACCUGUAAAGAAAAAGGAAAGCGGUGAGAAGAACACCAGGUAUCAGUGUCCUGCUGACUUUGUGUCUUUCAGCCACAAACCCUGCAGCAGCACGCUCACAGAGAGUCUGAAGAACAGCCACAACGAGUUAUGGCUCAUUAAAGCUCCGGCCAGCUUCGACCCAGAAUGCUUCAGUGGCAUCAAGGUGCCCCUCUCAGGUCUCCAGACCCUGAAGGUUCCUGCAGCUGCAGGCAGAGCCCAGACUCGGAGUGGCCAGCAGAUCUACAGCAUCCUGGCCUCCACCCAUGGUACCUCAGAGCUCCGCCUGCUCACUGGAGACAAGCAGUCGUCAGAUGGCGUUGUGUUCGGCCCCACCUUCUCAGGCCUGCUGAAUGUCUGUGAGAACUACGGAGACAGCAGCACCAACCAGGCCCCUCAGGUCAUCCCCGCGGCUCCGGCACCCUCCAUACCGCCGGGGCUCAAACAGAGAUUCCACCCCUUCGGCAGUAAGACUGCCACACUGACCUGCGUGGCGGAGAGUGAGAUGGAUGGAGCUGCCUUCGGGCCCGCGUCGACGACUCGCCGUCCUGUGGUGGUCAAACGAUUCGCAGAAGAAACAUGGCAGCCAGAAGGAGAGGAGGAGGAGGAGGAAGGGAGGAAAAAGAAGAAGAAAAAGAAAGAAAAGCGGAUAAAGACAGAGCGAGAGGAGGAGUCGGUGGAGGUGGAGGUGAAAGUGGAGCCUGUGAGUGAAACAAAGGACGACGUGAUGAUGGAGCUCCCUGUCCAGGACGUCUCGGAGGAGAGGAGGAAGAAGAAGAAGAAAAAGAAGGACAGAGAGCGUGAGGAGGUGGAGGAGGGCGUGGACCCCAGUGUGACGGUGAAGGUGGAGCAGGUGACGGUGAAAUCUGAACCAAUUGACACUUUGUACGGCGAUGUGGUGGAGGGCUCAGCAAAAAAGAAGAAAAAGAAGAAGAAAAGCAAAACUGGUGACGACUAGUCAGUCGUCGUUCUGUUGUUUGUGAUUUUUUUUGUUUUGUUUGUUCAUUUUUGACCUCGUGGACCGUCAGAGAGCUACCACUUCUAAUUUACUCCAGAUUAUAGAUAGAUUGGAUAAUGACAGGCUUGCUUUGGCAGGACUCGGCAUUCAGAAAGUUAAUAAGUGGAUUCAUCCCGGCGUCUUUAAGGCCAAUGUUCCAAUCACUGUGAGCUCAGAGAGUGACAGUUUUACACACAGAGAAUUUGUGCAGCCGCAGGCCUCUGAGGACACGAGCAACACGAGUGUACCAAGAGGGAUUUUCUAUGUUUCCUGCCAGUGUCUGUCAAGUUGUGGUAGUUUUUUUUAUGGGAUUAUACUCCCACUGUGUUGCUGUGUUUGUGUACAUAUCUACACAACCGGGCGGGUGACGUCGCUGGUUUGGCAGCAGCUUCAGAAAACCGGACGUGAUCUAAACGCACAGUAAUGGUUCAUUGUCACGUCAAGUUUUCAGUUGUUUCUUUUUGAGCAUCUGAGUCACAUGGAGAAACUUUUUGUCCACAGGAAAAAACACAUGUCGCAAAAUAUACUUCAAAAAGUGAUUAAAGGAAAUGAAUUGAAAACAAAAACAA